AUGAUUUUGUUAUGUCAAAUUUUAAGACUUAGACUAAAGGGAACCUCUAACGGGCUGAUACAAAGAUCCUUAGUAGCAUUAAACUCCAGAAAUUAUCACUGCUCUUCAUUAUUCCUCCAAGAAUAUAAGGAUAAAUUCAUAACUGGAGCUGACACGAGUAAAGAAAAAAAAGUAAAUUCGAAGCUUACACAGGACAAGCUUCAAAAAAUAACUCACAAAAAGUACGGUGCAUUCACGUUUGAUAAUUCUAUACAAAAAUCUUUCUUAGUUCCUCGAGUUGCCUCUACAGAAGAUAUUCCCUCUCAUGAAGUUCAAGUUGAUGGAUUAUUCGCUGGUUAUCGCCCCUUGUUUCUUGGUGAAUCAUCUAUUAAACGUAGACGCAAGGCUAGCCCGUUAGACAAAUUCUUUCAUUCAGUUGAAACUCAUACCAGGAACAGGGAAAGUGGCAAAUCUACCUUAGGGAUCCAAGAUAUAAUAGAUAAUCUCAGAAAAGACCAUGAAGAAGAGAACCUUGAAAUUGAAGAACACUCAGAUAAAAAUACUAAGGUUGAACCAAGGAAACCAGUAAUUCCAUGGGAUGCUUCAGUAAGUGGAAUUUUUUAUAAGGAUCAAUCAUUUAAAAAUGUCCCAAAACAUGUUAUGAAUAAAUUAAAACCAUAUAAAGUAUAUCUGCCAGUAAAAAAAACAUCAUCAGAGCCACAAGUGGGGCAUGAACUGAUAGUAAUGAAUGUUCAUAAUUCCAAAGUGGAUGAUAAACCAGAAAUGGUGGAUUUUUAUAAUUUGAAAACUCCUUCUCAAUCACAGUUUAUUAAUGAACAUGAUACAAAUAGAUUAACUUGGAGAAAAGAAUUGAUAGCUGCAAGGAAAAAAUAUUACGAAGAAUUUACAAAAUUGACAUAUUCUCACAAAUUUUUACGAAACGAUCUAAAGAUAUAUAAAAAUAAUUUAGAGAAAUUAAAUCGAUUUUUGUCUAAAGAAUUUUAUAAAGCCCGCAAAAUUCACUUAUCUAUCUCAUUGGCAGAGAAUCAAAUACCUUUAGUGAUUUAUGUAAAUAAUUCAAUUGCAAGCAGAUCAAGUUUUAGAAGAAUAUUAAGAUCCCGCAUUUAUACUAAUAUUUAUCCCAUACUAAAGACAAUUCUAAAUAAUUGCCCUUCAGAAGAAUACGCUCAAAUUUUUGAGGAGAAAGUAAAGUUUAAAAUAAAAAUGCUGGUUUAUAAUUUAUCUCGAAAAAUUCCAUCAGUAUACUUCCGAAGCUCAGAUGUUGAUUGCCUUGUUGAAUAUAGUCCUAUACGACCUUUCAAGAGGAUGUUUUGGGUAAGCUUACAAAAGAGAAGAACUAUAUUCAAAGAAAGAAAUAUUAAUAGAGAAUACGUUUUGAAAAAUUACAGAAACUAUUCAGUAACGAGAUCAAGUAUUAGAUACAUGAGAUACCCUAUUUCACUUUAUUGUGAUGAUUUUAAUAAUGCUUUCUCAAAUUGGCCAUUUUAUGAUCAAUCGUUUUAUUAG